AUGGACUCCGCUCAUCAGCCGCCCACUACCCACGCGAGCAGCAACAUCGAGCAUGAAGACCAAGCGCAGAUUGGUGGGCUGAAUCGCAGCGGGACAUGGGCCUCAGGCGAGAGUCAGCGUGCAGAAGGAGGCGUAGGCGCAAGCUCGAGUAGCACCCCCUACGUCAGUCUCUUCUCGCCAGACAUACCCGCCUUGCCUCCCUCUGAACCCCCCGAGCCCGUUGGCAGUAGUCGUGGAACGCAUGCGAGUCAUAUCAGGUCUCUCAGUUAUUCGCGUUCCAUGCCCUCGCUAGCGAACCAUGUAAACAUGGCCAAGCGACCGGCAAGACAGCACGCCUCGGACGAGCGCGCGCCCAUCGUCCAACUGCAGACGCAGAUUGAUCGGGCCCAGAAGAGCGCCGACGACCCAACUACACCACUCGAGGAACAGGGAAGGCGGCGCACCACUUUGGACCUGAUGCGCUCAGAGCAUGCUGUCCGUACCGACAUAAGCAGACUGUUCAGCGAAAGCGCUGCCGUAUCAGGGUCAAGAGCGCCGUCCUACAACAAUGCGACAGGCCCGCUCUACCUGCGAGGCGAAGCAAUACCCCUCCCCGACCACCUCUACACUCGCGGACUGCUCGAAGGACGCCAUUCCGACAUCACCAUUAUAGCAUUUGGCCAGCGAUAUCCCCUGCACCGUCUCAUCCUCGACCGCGCCCCCUUCUUCACCACCGCUCUCUCCGAGCCAUGGCUCGAAAGCCAGUCCAAGGAGGUUGUUCUGCAUCCCGAGGAGAUCGACUCCAGUAUAACACAAGCCUCGUUUGAACUGGCCAUACGGAAACUCUAUGGCGUCGACAUUUCGAAAGAGUCGGAUGCGGAAGCUAUUGGCCUGUUCGCGACGGGUUGUUGGUUGGAGAUGCAGGACCUGAUUGACUCGGCGAUCGAAUCUAUCCUGAGACAGAUGGCCCCGGAAACGCUUGCCUAUCUUAUCCGACUCGUCACAUCCAACUACUACGGAAGAUCUGGCGACCGCAUACUCGAGUCUGCAAAGGCUAUGCUCAGCAGGAAUGGCUGGGAGAUGCCAAUCAAGUACUGGGACGACAUGCCGGGUGACAUCAUCCGUGAGCUCGUAGGGUCGGACGGCUUCUUCGUUCACAGCGAAUGGGAUAGAUGGGUACUUUCUAAGCGCCUUCUCGACCGUCGUCUACGACAUGCUGCUGUUGAGGCUGGCCUGAUGUUGCGUGGCCAGAAGCCUAUCCCCCAGGCACCCAACUCUCUCCGCUUGAUGGCCGUUCGCUUUGACGGUGUCUAUCGUCAGAACGCCCUGACAACUGCAAACUCUUCAUCAGAUGCGCAGGCAGACUGGCUCACUCUCUAUACCCUACCGGACGUUGAGCGCAUACUCGUGCUGCUGGAUGAAGGUAUACACUACAUUCACAUGGAAUAUGAGCAGCUUGAGUUUAUUAGGAACGCUCGUGACGUGUUCGGACUGCCGGUCAUGCCUGAGAGAGUCAUCUCCAACGCUUUGUGGCAGCAGCUCGCUCUCCGUCAGAGGGUGCUCAACACUGAUGAGUCUGCUCAGGAGCUAGGCCUAUGCCAGACACCUCCGGCGCCCGAAGCAGGCAAUGCUGCGACAAAGAGUGGGAGCGAAAUGACAGUCAAAGGAAAGCAGGUCGAGACGAAAGCUGAAGUUGACGGCGAUAUCGAGUCGGAUAGCUGGGAUGGUAAUGGCAAGCCGCGCAAGUUCUGGAUACCCAGCUCUGACUGCAACAUCGUCCUUGGCAACGGUGCUGAUCCUGUCGUCACUACGUCCAACUCUUUCCAGCGCCAUGCGUCGCGUCUAUCUGCCACCAUACAGCCAGAGGACGCACAAUGGGCUACCGACUUUGCCUCUACUCCGUCAACCUUGACUAACCCAAAUACCCGUAUGGACUUUGCACCGCGUCCUAUCUCCGCCGGUGGUGGCAAUGCCGGACAACCCAAGCCCAUUGCUUAUACCGAGUUUCCGCCCUUCCGCUUCUCUGCCGAGUUCCCGAACCCGCGUUUCCUAAAAGAGAAAAAGCGUGUAUACUCAAGGACAGUAUCCUAUGCAGGCUCUCUAUGGAACAUCUACAUUCAAAAGGUUCGCUCUGCUAAGAAUGUUCAGCUCGGUGUUUACUUGCACCGGGCGAAGGAACGAGAAGUGGAAGAGAGCAGUCAUUCCAGUACUCUAAUACAGCAGAGCAAUGGAUCGGUCGAUGAACGUAUCGGUCAAUUGGAGCGAGAGGUACUAAUGCGAGGCGAUCGACGGGAUCGACGACGCAGCACUCGCGUCCCGUUCAUGGAUCCUGCGGCCGAGGAAGAUACAUCUGGAAGCGGUGGUGAUCCCGACCCUACCAUGGGCUCUCCCGGUCUACGAAACCCACUGUUCUCUACCAGUAAUCUAGGCCGUCACCGCGCCAGCCACAUCCCUUCUUUACCCACCCGCGGCAUCUCACAAUGGGGCUUCCAGAACCUUAACUCCCCCUCGCCUCAAGACGCAGACACCGCAGACUCACCCUCCUUCGCCCACGCCCCUUACUCCCCCUCCGAACACGAAUCCGACACCUCCGACAACGACGAGUCGGACGCAGCCGCCUACGCCAACCCGUCCCUCGCCUCCCGCGCACAGCGCAGAACCCGUCCCGUCAUCCCCGCCCUACCCCCCUACGUCGACGGCCGUCCUACAAUCAAAACCUACUUCAAAAUUUACAGCCCCUCCAAGGGCGGACGUAUGCUGAGUAUCUACGAAAGCGCACCCGAUCGCUUCAACUUCAGUCAGAGUUGGGGCUGGAAGAGUAGCACGCUUAUGCUGGAUGAGAUUACUAUUAGUGGUGGUGCUGGUGGCGGUGAUGAUACCCUGGCGGAUGCUAAUCCGGCCGCGAGUAAGAAGACGGAUGGGAAAUUGAGGUUUAUGGUUGUUAUUGGGAAUUUGUGA